ACUCCUGCUUGUCUGUCUCCAUGUGUAUAUCAAAGGAGAUGGGUUGGGAGUCCCUUCAUGUGGGUUUGGAGCCUCUCUGGGUGCUCUUCCCAGGUCUCCGCUGCCCUUGGCUGCGUAUGUGGAAGCUCAUUCUGACUGCCCACAGUUGCUGUGACUGCAAGCAGGUCUUCAGAGUUUUCUUUAACCUUUAUGAUCUUGCUUCUUCUGUGCUCUGCAGCUACAAACUGGCUGAAAACAUCGAUGCUCAGCUGAAGCGCAUGGCACAAGAUCUGAAGGACAUCAUUGAUCACUUGAACACAUCAGGGGGCCCAGCAGACACAAGUGAUCCACUUCAGCAGAUCUGUAAAAUUCUGAAUGCACACAUGGAUUCCCUGCAGUGGAUUGACCAGAAUUCAGCUGUGCUGCAGAGGAAGGUGGAAGAGGUGACCAAGGUUUGUGAGAGUCGCCGCAAGGAGCAGGAGCGCAGCUUUCGGAUCACCUUUGAUUGAAACAUUCCCAAGUUCAAAGGAUGAACAUAAAACCUCCACAGAAAACAGAGGUGUUUGGGAGCUGAGGACUGAAAUGACGACCUGGCUUUUUUUCCUUUUUUACAAUAAAAUGUUG